GGUGUGUUUGUGAAUGAAGCAUGGGCGAUUGUAUUCAGUCACAAUCUUGUUCAAUGACGUAUCCAUUUUCGUAAUUCGCAAAGGAAUGCGGAAAGACGCCAGGGUAUAAAUGGACGUGAAACUGACAUACGAGCCUUUUAAAUUUUGAACCGUUUUAUACAAACAUGACUGGGAAUACAGUUUAUUUAGUACUAUGUAUGUUUACAAUAUCACAGCUGUUUCCGACGGCAAAUACAGCGCCAUUGGAUUAUUUGCAAGACAAACUCCAGUCCAUAACACAGUGGCUGGACUCGCUCGCUGACGCGUCAGUAUUCGACUACAUUUUCAGAGUGAACAAAGGAGCUGGGCUCAACCUAUUUGAGGGAGACAUCAAGGGGCAUAACCCAAGACACCAGACCCGCAACGCCAUCACUAAUCACGAUCAGCUGUGGAAUACGAGGGUUGUCCCGUAUGUCAUCGACACGGUGUUCGAUUCCGCCUCCCGGAAGGAGCUACAGGCGGCCAUGGACGAGUACCACCAGAAGACAUGCAUCCGUUGGGUGCCCAGGAAUGCGGAAAAGGACUUUGUGCACUUCAAACAGAUCAGCGGGUGUUACUCGAGUAUCGGCCGCAUAGGCGGAGAGCAGGAGAUCUCUCUGACAGGAUACUGCCUCAAGAAGGGCACCGCGGUGCACGAGAUGAUGCACGCGCUCGGGUUCUGGCACGAGCAGAGCCGCCCUGACCGCGACAAUUGGGUGCACGUGAUUCUCAGCAACGUAGAAGACGGCAAGGAGUAUAACUUCGAGAAACUGACGACGUCCCAGGCGGACACCCUGGGGGUUAGUUACGACUACGACAGCGUGAUGCACUACUCCAAGUAUUCGUUCAGCAAAAACGGAAACCCAACCGUCAUGCCGACGCACCCGCCGUCGGCAGACAUCGGGCAGCGGGAUGGACUCAGCGACACAGACGCACUGCGCAUCAGGAAGUUGUAUGGAUGUGACGUUUCUGCGCUAACCAAUCCACCUCUUACACAACCAACGGCAACCAAUCCACCUGCGACAAACCCACCUGCUACAAACCCACCUGCGACAAACCCACCUGCGACAAACCCACAUGCGACAAACCCAUCUGCAACAAACCCACCUGCAACAAACCCACCUGCGACAAACCCACCUGCAACAUACCCACCUGCAACAAACCCACCUGCGACAAACCCACUAAUUACACAUCCUCCUGCAACACGUGUCACUCAAAAACCAGUUAUCACUACCACACACAACACGCAAACGACUUUUCAACAAACAAAUCCAUAUGUACAGCACACAAACACAUCUGUUCAACAUACCAACCCACCUGUUCAACAAACAAACCAACCAGUGCUACAAACAGACCCGCCUGCACCGGUCUACCAGUUGGGAUGGACGCACUGGUCACAGUGGUCGCUGUGUGAUCUGAAAUGCAAGCGUUCGCGGUACAGGGUCUGUUUGAACUAUGAUGCGUCGUUCUGCCCCGGAGAGAACACACAAGUUGUUGAAUGUCCCAGUCCAUGUCAGCCGUCUGAGCACAUUGGUUGCUAUAUCAUCAGCGCUGGCAACAUUACCCAGCUGUCUGUUGAGGGCCGGUCACCGGAUCUCAUGGAUCCGUACAAACCUCGCCUGGAGGCUGUCCGGAAAUGCAGCGAGUAUGCAGCAGUCCAAAGGUAUCGGGUGUUCGGUGUUUAUGACGGCGGCAUGUGUCUUAGCGGACCAUACAUCCCCGGAGCGAUGCACGGGCUGCCCGGGCUGCUGGGGGUCUCCAGCCGGUGUGACUAUAGCGGCACCGGCGGUCCGGGGUCCGUCAGUGUGUACACAUUUGAGACUGACAUUAACGGCGGCUGGUCCCUAUGGUCCGACUGGGGCAGGUGUACCCGCUCCUGUGGUAUGGGCCGCCAGUACCGCUACCGCCGUUGUAACAACCCCGCCCCUGUCGGCAAAGGGGCCCCGUGUGAGGGCAGCAACCAGGACGUCGUUGUGUGCAAUCUGGGCACGUGUAUAACGCCCAUCAGCUGCGGUUCCAGGUUCCAUGCGGGCGGACCGGGCUCAAGCGGCAUCAUCUGGAUUAAGGACUACCGGAACUUCAUGGAGUGCGAGUACGAGGUUGCUACCGGCGACCCACAGGCCUCAAUCUCACUGUUCUUCUUCAGCGUCGAUAUCGAGUACAGCAAGGGGUGCCUAUAUGACGCUCUCAUGCUAUUUGACGGCCACGACACGCUGUCGCCUCUGGUGACGUCAUUAUGCGGAAACCAGUCUCCCGGCACGUUUGAGUCUUCCGGUAACCGCGUGUACAUGAAGUUCGUCUCCGACGAGACAAAAACCGCCGGUGGCUUCACUGUCUUUUACAACAUCAAUAGUCGGUCACGAAAAUCUUGCACGAGGCCUCCGCCUGCCGCCCACGUGACGGUUACCAUGGAGGGCAACAUGGUGGGCGACCGCGUGUGGUACAAUUGUGAGCCGGGGUAUUGGCUCGUGGGGCAUUCGCCUAUCCUGUGCGUCGACCAGCCGGGAUUCGCGCUUUGGGACAACGCCUUCCCCAUCUGCGUAAACCGUAUGAAACGCAGCAGCGCGUUGAUUGGCACGGCAUGCAUGUUUGAAGACUCAUUAUGCGGUUUCCAGAACGAAAAGGACAAUAACCUUGACUGGAAAGUCAAACGACCUCUCUUCACCGGCAACGUCACCUCUCCGUACGACCACAAAGGUAAUUUUCUGCAAGCCGAAUCAUCCCGUCUACAGGCUGCGGGUGACGUCGGUCGAAUCACGUCACCUGUUUAUGCCGGUAACGGUAACGCCACAAACUGCCUGACUUUCGAUUACAAGCUCGACGGCGGAGACUUCAUCGAAUUUAACGUCUAUCAACGACAAAUUACGGAGCUCUCGAAAUUAGACGUACAGCACGCAGAUGUUAAUGGGUUGGUUCUGCUGACGUCAGUGAAAGGGACCAACGAAAACGCCUGGAAGAUGACUCACCUUUCUGUUGACGCAAAUCACGAUUUUCAGGUGAUUUUUGAAGCCUUCCUUGGAAACGAGAUCGGAUCAAGCGUUGCUAUUGAUGACGUCAUGGUUGCAAGCGGCGAUUGUGACGGAGUGUAGAAAGUUUCACAUGCAACCGUUAUAACUAUGCAAGACAUUAAAUAAAUGUGUACACGACUGCAAAAAAUAUUAAAAGAUGCCCGUCCUGAAACAUAACACUAACUGUAAGCACAAUGUGAUAUGGUCUUGUUUUUCUGUUCAGUGACAGGGUUAUUGGCUGGUGACGUCAGUCUGUGUAAUUGAAACUUUCUCAUGUUACUGUUAUCUACAAGGGGACAAUCUCAAUGAUUUCAAACUAUAUAUAUUUUUUGUUUGUCUUAAUAGUGUAUCGAAUCAUCAUUAUAAUAAAUCGUAAAGAUAUUUAUCGCACACCUAACUAUCAAUUUAAAAUACACUACGCUUUACAUACAAUAAAGUUUUGUAUAAACGA